GGUUUCGUUGAUAUAUUGCGACACAGACCAAAAGAAACACACAGCACGCCUCCAUUCCUCUAUAGUCCGCUCCUCAAGCGAUUCCCGAUUGCUUGCCGCCCUAUUACUACGAUUUCCAUCGCCGUCGCACUCCACAGAUUCGCUUGAGAUAUAGGUAGAAGAUUGAAUAAUGAGUGGAAUAAGCUUGGUGAUAUCAAAACCUUGGUGUAGGGUGUAUAAUCCUUGUACAGGUGAAAAUAAUAAGAGUAAUUUUGGUACAAGCAAUAAGAUCCAUUUUGGUACAAAACCAAACAAUAAGAUGGACUUAAUCCCAUGUCGUUUAUCAAAUUCAAUCUUAAGAAUUUCUUCUACUGUUGCAACCAAUCACAUGUUGAAACAUCGUGUAUAUUCAUCAUCAUCAUCAUCAUAUGCACGUAAAGAUGUAACCGAUUCAACAUCUCAACCACCUUAUGGCUUGUAUGGCCUUGUUGCUAUUAUUGGUUUCGCUUUGCCUAAAGCCUGGGAGGCCGCUAUGCAUUUUUUUUCUGCUACAGAAGGAGUUUUGAAAUCAAAUGCGUGUUACUAUAUCUUUCUAGGGGUUGCAGCUGUUUUUGUAGCUAGAAGCUUUCUUGGCAAUAUCAUGCGUGGGUUUGCAUUACUACGUAACAAACCCUUUUCAAUUGGAGAUAUGAUAGAAGUUGGACAUUUGAAAGGUGAGGUUAUUGAUAUGGGACUCAUAACGACCUCAUUGCUUACUGAGGAAAACCGUCGUGCAUUACUUCCUACUUCCUGGCUUAGUGGACAGGAUUAUGUGAACAUAACUGGGUCUCCAGCUCAUGCCAUGGUUUUCAAGAUUGAUUUGAGCAUUGACGAGAUUGAGAAGAUCCCCGAGAUAUCAGAGGAAAUAAUAAACAUGAUGAGAUCUAACUCAAUCAUUUACUUGGAGCAAGAGCAGCCGUAUUGUUAUCUUUCUCAAGUGGACCCUCAUGGUUUCACACUUACUAUUGGAUGCAAACUAAAAGAGGGGUGUAAAGACGAGUUUUAUUCAGCUAAGUAUGAUAUCUUUAGGCAGGCGAUUCAGAUAAUGAAGAAGCAUGGGGCCUACCUAGAUAUGAACUAGAUUUUCUUUCUUUGGAGUAAUCGCAAAACCUUAACAGAAACCUUUUAUGUACAUUGCUUUUGGUUUUGGUUUUGGUUGUUGAUAGAAAAAUGAGGUUGUAAUACUCUAAAUUAUAUGCAUCAAUUUGGUAUAUAAAAUGAAGUGUCAGUUAUCAUGAAUUAAAAUUUCAAUUGU